AUGGCGCCCCGCCGGUACGCGCCGAGCGGUUCGGCCGCGGUUCAGAGCGAGACGGACGGUGGAGCCGCGCCUCCGGGUCACUACUACGGAGAACCACACAAGUUUGAUCCAUCCUUCAGAGGUCCAGUCCGCAGAAGAAGCUGCACUGAUAUCUUGUGUUGUUUGAUCUUCAUCAUUGUCAUCCUUUCAUAUGUGGCCCUGGGGAUAGUGGCCUGGUUACAUGGGGACCCCAGGAAGGUGCUCUAUGCAACGGACAGCUAUGGACAGUUCUGUGGUCAGAAGGGGACUUCCAACGUGAAGAAACCCAUCUUAUUCUAUUUCAACAUCUUGAAAUGUGCCAACCCGGCUAUACUCAUCAACCUGCAGUGCCCCACAACGCAGAUGUGUGUGUCAAAGUGCCCAGACAAGUUUGCCACCUACACUGAGAUGCAGCUGCAACACAAACUCAGCAAGAGUUACUGGGAAUAUUACAGACAGUUCUGCAAGCCUGGCUUUAAUAACCCGGACAAGCCAGUAUCUCAGGUUCUACGAGAUGAGGACUGUCCCUCCAUGAUUGUACCCAGUAGACCAUUUCUCCAGAGAUGUCUUCCAGACUUCAUCACUCAGAAUGGGACUGUGACUGUAGCGAACAGAACCAGCUUUAAAGACGCUCUGGAAAUGGCUCGCAGUGUAACUGAACUCCAACAUGCUGCCAAAGGUAUAACAGGACUAGUGGACACCAAGGAGCUGGGCAUGAAGAUCGUGGAGGAUUAUGCCAAGUCAUGGAUGUGGAUACUCAUAGGUCUGCUGAUAUCGUUGGUUGUCAGUCUGAUCUUCAUCCUGCUGCUGAGGUUCACAGCUGGGCUGCUGCUUUGGAUCACCAUCAUCACCGUCAUACUGCUGCUGGCAUACGGUAUGUGGUUCUGCUCCGUGGAGCUGUCCCGGCUGAGACACACACCAGGUUCUGAUGUCGCCAUUGUAGAGGUGGGGCUGCAGACGGACCUGCAGGUCUACCUGCAACUCACACAGACAUGGGUCAUACUAUUGGUGUGUCUGGGGGUGACGGAAGCUUCCAUCUUGUUGAUUUUGCUCUUCUUGAGGAGAAGAGUGCGAGUGGCCAUCGCCAUGCUCAGCGAGGCUAGCAAAGCCAUCAGUCACAUCAUGUCCACGCUGUUCUUUCCAGUCAUCACCUUUCUCCUGUUGACUGUUUGCCUCUCCUACUGGGCGGUGACGGCCGUUUACCUAGCGUCCUCAGGUGAAGCUGUCUACAAAGUCAUGUCUCCUGAUGUCAGCUGUCCCUAUGCCAACAGCACCUGCAACCCAGAGACCUUCAACAGCUCCAACAUCUCCAAAUCAGCGCUGUGUCUGGGCUCUCAGUGUCUGUUCGCCUUCUACGGCGGGGAGACGUCCUACCACCACUACCUCUUCCUGCUGCAGCUGUCCAAUCUACUGGUCUUCCUCUGGCUGGUUAACUUCAGCCUGGCCCUAGAGCAGUGCACCCUGGCCGGGACGUUUGCUAGCUACUACUGGGCCAGGAGGAAGCCUCAGGACAUCCCGCCAUGUCCGCUCUUCUCAUCGUUCUGCAGGGCCAUCAGGUAUCACACAGGGUCUUUGGCAUUUGGAGCUCUGAUUCUUUCAGUGGCCCAACUGGUCCGGAUCAUACUGGAAUACCUGGAGCAGAAACUAAGAGGUGUUGACAACAGCCUGUCCAGGUUCAUAAUGCGCUGUCUGCAGUGCUGUUUCUGGUGUUUGGAGAAAUUCAUACGCUACAUGAACCGUAAUGCUUACAUCAUGGUGGCAAUCUAUGGUAAGAACUUUUGUACCUCAGCGAGGGAAGCCUUCUUCCUGCUGAUGAGGAAUAUGGUCAGGGUUGCCGUUCUGGACAGAGUGACGGACUUCCUGUUGUUUCUGGGCAAAGUGCUGAUAGCAGGAGGAGUUGGUGCGAUUGCAUACCUCUUCUUCACGAGGAAGAUCCCUGUUAUCCAGGAAGAAGUGCCCAAUCUAAACUACUUCUGGGUCCCCCUGCUGACGGUGGUGAUAGGGGCCUACCUGAUCGCUCACGGCUUCUUCAGCGUCUAUGCCAUGUGUGUUGACACGCUCUUCCUCUGCUUCUGUGAUGACUUGGAGAGACAUGAUGGUAGUUCAGAGAAACCUUUCCUCAUGUCUCCAGAGCUGCACAGAAUUCUGGGAAAAUCCAGUCAGUCGCGUUGA